CAGGUCCCUAUGAUGUGGCUGUGUGAAGAAAUAAAGGUCAUCUGAAAAUGACGAGUUCACCAAGCAGAAGUAAGAACCGGAAGGAAGUGGGAAAAACAGCAAAACAGCAACUAAAUGUGCAGAGAGAAUCAGAUAAAAGGCUGCAGAGAGAAAAAGGAGGGUGAGAAAAACAGUUUCUAAAGAACGGAGGGGGAAUACAGAAAGGCUCCAGUGUUGCUUUAAAAUAGAACAUCUUGAUGGCAACAAUAACAACACAAAAAUAAAGUUCAGGACUGAUCCUGCACUUUGUUCAAAGUGGACUCUUCUGCACAUGUGACCAAUGGUCCUCAUUGACUAUCCCUCUUUCUAUUAAAUAAUGCUUUGUCACCCUCUCUUGAGCCAGACCAUGGGGUUGUAUUCACCUCACGGAUGCCCCUCUUUAUGUGGCGGAGCUUAACAGGAUGCUCCGUACAGACGCUCUUGGACACAGCAAACGCCGGGCACAGAAGAAAUGAAUAGGGUGCUCUGUGGUUUCCCUUAAAAGAGUGUUUGUGUGUGCACUUGUGUGUGUGGGUUUGCUGCAGGGGCUGGUCUGUUAGGGCCAUUUGUUGGCGCGUGCACAUGUGCUUGUGUGCAUUUGUGCAGAAUGUGCAUGCGAGGCCCUGAACAUGUGCGUUUAUUUCUCUCUGCAUGAAUCUGGUGUGCUGCCUGUAUGAUGUAUUCAUGGCCCUUUGUGUCAUUUUAAUAAAACAAAAAGGAAAAAGGGGAGACUGUGGGGAGUGGCGAUCAAUUAUUACACCAAUUACACAGACUUUCAGGACACAACAGGGAUUCAGGAAUGAGAGAGCUCAGAGGGAAAAGUGAGAGAGGGGCCUGUUAUAAAGCCAAGUCCUGUCACUUUGGGAAGAAUUUGUAGCCAGUGAGACCGGGCUUUGGGUCUGAAACAAGAGCCCGAUGAGCCAAUGACUGUCUCCAUAAUUCUCCUCAGCGGUGUAUCAGUGUCGUGGGACGCAGGGUGUUGAAGUUACUCCUGCAGAGUUACAGUCCCAAUCGUGUCCUGUGAGCAUGACAACAAAGCAGCCAUGUGGACGAAAGGCUGAGGCUCCAGGCUCCUAACUCCUCUCUGUACGGGUCAAUUAGAUUGCAGCCUGCGCUGAAAAGAUGACAUCUGCCACACCUCCUUCCUCUCGUAGCUCCUCUCCACAUAAAGUUUGCCACUCACAGACACAGACAGAUGUCUUAAAACCUUUACUUGGUGGUGGCAUAUCUAGUGGGGGAGGGUCUCUGAGGAAGAGGAGACGUGUCCUGUCCAAAGAUGGGCGAAGCAACGUGCGCAUCGAGCAUGUCAGCGGACGGAGUGCUCUGUACAUGCGUGACCUCUGGACAACAUUUCUGGACAUGCAGUGGCGCUACAAGUUCUUCCUGUUCACUGCCACUUUUGCAGGGACCUGGUUCGUGUUCGGGGUGCUGUGGUACCUGGUCGCACUGGUGCAUGGAGACCUUCUUGAGUUUGACCCUCCAUCAAACCACACGCCCUGUGUGAUGCAGAUGCAGACGCUUACAGGGGCUUUCCUCUUCUCCCUGGAGUCCCAAACAACCAUUGGAUACGGUUUUCGCUGCAUCACUGAGGAAUGUCCAGCUGCCAUAAUCCUUCUCAUAGUUCAACUGGUUAUCACCAUGCUCAUGGAAAUCUUCAUCACCGGUACCUUUCUGGCCAAGGUUGCCCGGCCAAAGAAGCGCGGUGAGACAGUGAAGUUUAGCCAACAUGCUGUGGUGUCCGCCCAUGAGGGCCGACCCUGCCUCAUGAUCCGGGUGGCCAACAUGCGCAAAAGUCUCCUGAUUGGGUGUCAGGUGACUGGAAAACUGCUCCAGACGUCUCUGACCAAGGAAGGGGAGACGGUUCGUCUGGAUCAGAGAAAUGUUCCCUUUCAAGUGGACACUUCCAGUGACAGCCCCUUCCUCAUCCUGCCCCUUACCUUCUACCAUGUCAUCGAUGACAACAGUCCCUUGAGAGCCUGGGCAGCCAAGGGUGGUGGCUGGACUGACCCAGAACUGGCUGACUUUGAGUUGCUGGUGAUCAUGAGCGCCACUGUGGAGCCAACCUCCGCCACCUGCCAGGUUCGCACCUCCUACCUGCCAGAUGAGAUCCUCUGGGGCUACGAGUUUCCCCCGGUAGUUUCCCUGUCUCCCUCAGGGAAAUAUGUAGCGGACUUUGCCUUCUUCGACAAAGUGGCCAAGACCAAGACCACCCCCAUUUUUAAGCCAUCCAGCCCCCAGCAGGGGUACCAGAGCAAUGGAGGGGGGACUGUACCUGAGGCGACUGAUCCAGAGAAGAUUCGUCUGGAGCAGAGCUACAGGGAACAACGAGGAGAGGACCGAGGUCGGGUCAGGGACGCUCCUCUGAGUGUUCGCAUCAGCAACGUGUGAAGAGUUUAAACAAGAAGGCUUAAAAAGCAACAGGAGACGUCGCCAAGUUCAGUGUAAAUAACAAAUCAGUGAAACAUCAUAUCAAUGAACAGAACAGAUUAAUGUUGACUACUGUAUGAACAUGUGGAGUAUGUUAUUGUCAUAUGCUUGCUGGGUAUGAUGUAUAUGGUUACACUCGACUGUAUUCAUAUGAAGGAAUAACGUCAUAACUGGCAUAACUACAGCUCUUUACAUCUGAUCACGGCACAAGUCCAUUCACUUCACAUACACUACAUACAGUUUUAACUCAAAAAACUACAAUACAAAUGAUACAAAAAUCAAGUAAAGAAGAUGGAAAUCUCAGUGGGCACUAACCAAGUUACAAAAAGGUGUGAGACAGUGGUGUUUAAUUUUCAUUUUUUUCAAAAGUAGAGCAGAAUAAAGAGCAGGUUUGGAGACGUUAUUAUGACGAAGUAAGAUGGAAACACCCGCCCACUUAAGUAGAAGCACUGAACCGUGUAUAAUACGCCUAAAAUGUAUGUAAAUGUGUGGUUAAUAUACAUACCACGUUACAUGUAAACAUUUAUGUACAAAGGUCAUAUGACUCUGAGUUUUUGCAGCAAAACACAUCAGCUGUAAAAACAGUUUUUCUGCCUCCUGCAACCCCUCCCCAACCCCCAAUUUCCUCUGAAUGAGUAACGUAUUUUUAUACUUCCUGGUAAAAACCCAAACAUGUACUGUAAUAGUUCAAUAAAAUGUAGCACUACAACUGAAAAGUAGAGAAAGCUGAUACGUUUUGUGUUCAGUGUGACCUGUAUGUUGGUAAUGGUGUUUGUAUUUCAUGAUUUCUGUCAUGCGUGAUUGCUGUUGCUGCUUCAGAACAUAGCACUUUAUGUAUGUGAUGUAAAUUUGCACAUUGAAAGGUUUAGUGGAAUGUGUGUUAAAUUUUGAGUCUACUAAAAGCACUCAAACACUGAAAAUCAUUGAAUUGUUAGUUUAAAAAAACAGAUGAUUAAUUUUUUAACAAAUCAAACUGUAACAGUUUUUUGUAUGUCUCUGUAGCUUUAAUAAUAUGAAUGUGUCCA